GUCGUCAAAUAAAAUUACCCAUGCCUUCUAAAACCCUAAUGCGACUCCAAAAUCGUCAUAUUUAUUCAUCUCAAGUCUUGGCAGCUCCUUAUCCGGAACCAGAGACCGCAGGGAGCUCAAGCAGCCAUGGGAGCUUACAAGUACGUGUCAGAGCUAUGGAGGAAGAAGCAGUCCGAUGUUAUGAGGUUCUUGCAGAGAGUGAGGUGUUGGGAGUACCGUCAACACCCUUCCAUUGUGCGAGUUAACCACCCAACUCGUCCUGACAAGGCUCGUCGCUUGGGAUACAAAGCCAAGCAGGGUUAUGUUGUCUAUCGUGUCCGUGUGAGACGGGGUGGAAGGAAGAGACCAGUACCUAAGGGUAUUGUGUAUGGGAAACCCACAAACCAGGGUGUCACUCAGCUGAAAUUUCAGCGCAGCAAGCGAUCAGUUGCAGAGGAGCGAGCUGGUCGAAAGCUUGGAGGCCUUAGGGUCGUAAACUCAUAUUGGAUCAACGAGGAUUCAACAUACAAAUACUUCGAGGUCAUCUUGGUUGAUACUGCCCACAAUGCUAUCCGCAAUGACCCACGAAUCAACUGGAUCUGUAAUCCAGUGCACAAGCACAGGGAACUCCGUGGACUCACCUCUGCUGGAAAGAAAUACAGGGGUCUUCGUGGCAAGGGACACUUGCACCACAAGGCUCGACCUUCAAGAAGAGCAAACUGGAAGAGGAACAACACUCUCUCUCUUCGCCGCUACCGUUAAUUCCCAUGGAUUAUAUUUGCUGUUUUUGUUUCACCUACUUACUUCAUUUCUUUUGUAAGGGUGAGAAUUUUGAGACGAUUAUAUAUUUAUAUGUUUAGUAGACCUCUUGAAAUACUCUAUGAUGAGGCUAUUGAAAAGUUAGUGUAAUGCUUUGAGACUGACUUAUUCUGUGUUUGUUGGUUAAACAUGAACUUGAAAGUAGUGAAUGUUUUCGCUUAUUGAAAGUAAA